AGAAAGAGAGCGCCAUGUGGCCACUGGCUGUCAUCUGCCAUUCAGCUCGGGAGGACCGAAGGGGAUGGAUGUCUCGCUCGUGCGCUAAGAACAAAUUACAGCUUCUAGAUUUUUUGACCAGGCAAAACUUGUAUGUAUGACACUGGACUCUGCUUAUGUGACUUUGACUCUGUCUGAGUUAUUUUUUAAUAUCAAUAUUGGUUUGACUCACAUCGUGGAGUAGCUUUACCGUUUGUUUAUUUUUGGGAGAUAAAAGACUUCCAGGAAUGGAAUCGAUCCCCAGCCAGCUCUCAGCGGGACGAGACUCCAACUCUUCCCCUGCGUUGAAGCAGGACGCGCAGAGCUUCUCCAGCAGCAACUCCCUCAAACCCAACCAAGUCAGCGAGACCUCGCUCUACGGGGUCCCCAUCGUGUCCUUAGUCAUAGAUGGACAGGAGAGACUUUGCCUGGCGCAGAUAUCAAACACGCUGCUGAAGAACUACAGCUACAACGAGAUCCACAACCGUCGAGUCGCGCUGGGCAUCACCUGUGUCCAGUGCACGCCGGUCCAGCUGGAGAUCCUGAGGCGUGCGGGCGCGAUGCCGAUCUCCUCCAGGCGCUGCGGUAUGAUUACCAAGCGUGAAGCCGAGCGGCUGUGCAAGUCCUUUCUGGGUGCACACAACCCACCCAAACUACCGGAGAAUUUCGCGUUCGACGUCUCUCAUGAAUGCGCCUGGGGCAGCAGGGGCAGUUUUAUACCCGCUAGAUAUAACAGUUCAAGGGCUAAAUGUAUUAAAUGCACCUUUUGCAACAUGUAUUUUUCCCCAAAUAAAUUUAUAUUCCAUUCCCAUCGCACGCCCGAGUCCAAGUACACCCAACCAGAUGCAGCCAACUUUAAUUCAUGGAGACGACACCUCAAACUGACCGACAAAAACUCCUCUGACGACAUUAAUCACGCGUGGGAAGAUGUUAAAGCCAUGUUUAAUGGUGGGAGCCGAAAGAGGACAUUACCUAUGAACGGCUCGGACAUGUCCUCUCCCAUGAAAUCACAGAACUCGUCUAAUCACACACAAAGAGGUUCCCCCGAGGUCGGCCACAAAAGCUUGAGGUGUGACGAGGACAGAGGGACCAGCCUGAGCCUGUCGACCGCCCCACGGAACUAUCCAAUCAUCCCAGUCCCAAGUAAGGGCUUUGGGAUGCUCCAAAAACUUCCCCCGCCUCUGUUUCCCCACCCCUAUGGAUUCCCUGGGUUCGGAUUGUGUCAAAAGAAGGAUGAUGGUUUGACAGACUCGAACAAAGCCAACGUCCCGGCUGUCUUUUGGCCAAGCGCGAAGGAUAGUAUCUAUCCCACUUUCCCGAUGUUUUGGCCCACAGCUGGCGGCCUACCACUCCCACCUUACCAACAGUCAGCCCCCAAGCCCCCGACAGAGCUCUUUGGCGUCAGACAGAAUGACCUCGAGGCUUCUGACCAAAGUGACAGAUGCACAACCACCCCCAAUGACAGUUACCACGACAGCGAGCGCUCCCCUAGCGCUCAAUCAGCCCGCAACGACGAGGACAAGUCUGGGGACGAGACGGGACAUUCUUUCGAUGGCCCCACCAGCAAAAGGAAACUGAGCUACAUAUCGGCCUUCAGACCUGUGGUAAAAGAUGCUGAAGCCAUUGCCAAACUCUACGGCAACCGAGACACCUACAGCGGCGUGCGUUCCGGGUACCUGUCGCCAGACUUUGUCAGCGAGAGCUCCAGUUACAGGUCAAUAUCACCGGAUAGGGACAGUGUGGAUGACCCUGACGUGGACGUGGAGUCGAACCGGGGACACGAGGAUGAAGACGCUAUUCAAAUGUCGGCAGAGUGUCAGAGCUCCCCUGUACUUGACCUGGCCCACACUGAAUCCAAAGAAAACCAAGACACUGCUGCCCCUAGUUUGAGACCAGCAUCACCGGAGGAUGCCAGCGCAGCUUUAUCUGACGAAGAGAGGACGAGUGCGCAGGUUUCAGAAAACAAUAUUUCAACACAAGAUGAAGUGUACACCGAUGAAAAGGAUACGCACACGCUAGGCACACGCUUUUCGACGGAGUCGUCGUUGUUUGAAUCAAAACACUUAAAUUGCCUCAACGAAUCGAAUGUCCAAAACGCUUCGCCUAUCGACGUCAGCGUGCACGGAAAGGAUAUUGAAAACAUGGCUAAAGAGGAACUCCAGAAACAGCUCGUGGAACAAGUUGAGUUGAGAAAAAAAUUGGAGCGAGAAUUUCAAAAUUUAAAAGAUAACUUCCAGGACCAGAUGAAGCGGGAGCUCUCCUAUAGGGAAGAAAUGGUCCAACAGCUGCAGAUUGUUCGAGAUGCUGACCCUCCACCGCUGUACCGGAGCCUGCACCUCCAGCCCCCGUCUGCUGCCGCCCUGGCUGAGGGCACGCCGCGGUCGGCGCUCUUCAAGACGGCCAAGAGCAGAGGUCCACCUCAAGAGUUCAUCUACGUUCGCCUCCCAUCUGUAAGCCAUGGAUUACCCACCUACGGACAUGCGAUUAACUGGAGCACUUGAAGCGAAAACUCAUCACGACCACCACAACCACCGCCACCACAACCAACCCCAGACCACAAAAUCUCAAACUAUUUGGAAAUCCGGAUGAUGUCAUUUUGACAACAUUCUGACAUCCAGUCCAACAAUGCAUUGAUGUUAUGAGGCUGCAAAGCUUUCAAGAGGCCGAUGCAAAGGAAUCUCAACAUCAGAGGGGUCUCCUCUUAAGAUAUUCUACAAAUAUAAUAGACUAUACAAAUACAUACAGUAUAUCUAUAAUGUGAUGAUGUGCAAUGGAUUGUACAAUUGUGAUAUUAAGUUAAAUAUGUAUCAUGAUAUAGCUUAUGUUGUUUAACAUAUUGUUUCUUGUUUUACAUAUAUUUGUUUUGUAUUGAUGUCUUUUAAUUUUCUUUGUUGCUUAGAUUAUGUGGCCCAUUGUAUGUUGUUGACAUUAAGCACUUUAAAUGGAAACGAAAUAUGAAUUUGACCACUGCUGUAACACUACACCAAAUUAUGUCAUGAUACUAUCUUUUUAAAUCUAUAUAUAUUAUUUUGAUAGAGCACUUAUUCACACAAUCAGCACCACUUCAGAUCUAAGAAAAGACCAAAAGGAGGCGGUGUGUCGCUCAAACAAUGCAUUAUUUCUCUGCAGUGUACAGUUUGUUUAUACAGGUAAACUAUAUUGAGCCAUUUAUACACAUGUGUGGUGGAAAAAAGCAAAGAAAUAAUGAAACAAAAAAAAAUCCAAAUCUCGCAGGUUUCAGGUUUCAGCGAAAUGGUCCAAUAUAAAAUAAAUACCCCAAUUAUGUCUUGCUUUAUGUUGUUUAAAUAAAAUAAGUGAUUCACCAACAUUCAAAUUCACAUUCAUUGAUGUAGCCUAUGAUGCUCCUAAACACUGAUCACCCUGCCAUCACGAUCAAUAGCAUUGAUAUAAUUUAAGUUUUGGAAAGGAUCACAAAGGCUACGUGUGAUCCUUUUUCUUUAAACUGCCCUUUCAUGUAUCCCCUUGGCUUUAUUUAAACCAUUAAACUUGUGUAUGAUUAUGA